CUUAUUUAGACAAAGUACACAUUUUUCCUUAACUCAAAAACCUUAGAGUUGAAGAAAGAGUCGAGAGUAGUGAUACCAAGGCUUCAAAUUCUACAACAAAGAAAACACUUUUGUUCUCUUUCAUACUAAGGAAUUUCACUUGAAAAGAAAAUGCUCCAUACUAAUAGAUUCGGGUCCAUAAGUUUGUGUUCUAAUGUACAAAAGAAAUCCAUUCUAGACACUAAUAUAAUUAGAUCCGCUUUUCAUAGACAAACUUGGAAUUUUAGACCUCAGAUAAGAUCGAUUCAGGAUCGUGGGAUUCUCCUUUUCUAUCAUACAGAAAAGGCUGUUUCACAAAAUUUACUUCUAACUAAUUGUUCUAUGUCUUCUAUAGCUAGUUUAAAUUCUGAUGCCAAAUUUGAGUUGCAUAGAAAUGUUGCAGAUUUUAAACCAAGUGUUUGGGGUGAUUAUUUCGUUCAACAUGCUUCGGAAUCUAUGGAAUUUGAUCAAAAUAUUGUGGCACAAAUUGAAACUCGAAAAAAUGAUGUUAGGAACAUGCUUGUCUCAAAGAUUGAGAAGCCCUUGGCAAAAGUUCAUUUGAUUGAUUCAAUAAUCAGAUUAGGUCUGAGCUAUCAUUUUGAAGAUGAGAUUGAAGAGAUUUUACAACAUGUUUACAAUGAUUAUGCUGAAAAUGGAGAAUUAACUAAUUUUGAAGAGAACUUGUGCUCUCUUGCUGUGCUAUUUAGGUUGUUGAGGCAACAAGGACUUUACGUUUCACCAAAUGUAUUCAACAAAUACAAGGAUGAGAAAGGAAAUUUUAGUGAAAGACUACUUAGUGAUGUUGAGGGGAUGUUAAGUUUGUAUGAAGCCACACAUAUGAUGGUUCAUGGAGAGGACAUUUUGGAAGAGGCUUUGGUUUUCACUACCACUCACCUUGAGUCCAUUGCCAACCAACUAAGCUGUUCUUAUGCAAUACAAGUCAAACAAAGCUUAAGGCAGACUCUCCAUAAGAACGUGCCUAGACUUGAGGCACGAAGCUACAUUUCCAUAUACGAGCACAAUCCUUUACAUGAUGAAAACUUAUUAAUUUUGGCAAAACUAGAUUUCAACAUGCUCCAAAGCCUACAUCAAAAGGAAUUUGGUAACCUUUGCAAAUGGUGGAAGGAGUUGGAUGUGCCGAAUAAACUACCGUAUGCACGAGAUAGGAUAGUAGAAUGUUGCUUUUGGGGUUUGGGUAUAUUUUUUGAGCCCCAAUAUUCUCAAGCAAGAAAAAUGGUGUCAAAACUUUUCGUCAUUGCAACCCUAACCGAUGAUACAUAUGAUGCAUAUGGAACUAUAGAUGAAUUAGAACUUUUUACUAUGGCAAUUGAGAGGUGGGAUAAUAGUUGUUUGGAUAGUCUUCCGGAUUAUAUGAAGUUUCUUUAUAGAACAAUAUUAGAUUUUUACGAAGAAAUUGAGGUGGAUAUGAGAAAUGAAGGAAGAGGAUACGUCUUAAACUACUACAAAAAAGAAUUCAAAAUAUACAUUCAAGGUUAUAUGAGUGAAGCUAGAUGGUUAACUAGUAAACAUAAACCAACACUAGAAGAGUACAUUUGCGUUUCGAGGGAUUCAGCUGGUUAUGCACUGCUUAAUAUAAUUUGUUACAUUGGUAUGGGUGACUCAGCAAUAGAGGACAUCUUCAAAUGGGUAUCAAGUUGGCCAAAAAUUGUAAAUGCUGCAGCUGCAAUUUGCAGGAUAAAGGAUGACAUUAUGACCAGCGAGUUUGAACAGAAAAGAGGACAUGUUUCGUCAUUCGUGGAAUGCUAUAUGGAACAAUACGAAAUAUCUAGACAAGCAGCCAUUCAAGAAGGACAAAGGAGAAUCGUUGAUGCUUGGAAAGAUAUGAAUGAAGAAUGUCUUAGGCCAACUAAAGUUCCAAUGCCUUUUCUGACGCGUAUUCUAAACAUCUGUCGUGUUAUGGAAGUGAUUUACAAAGAUAAAGAUAACUUCACAAACACUGAAGGAGAAUUGAAGACAUUUAUUAAAGCAUUACUUGUUGAUCCAGUACCAAUUUGAGCAUUCAUUUUUGUCUUUUAUGCUUUUUAUUUUUACUUUUAAAUGAAGAAAACUUGUCAUGUGUGAAGUUUGUUUUGUUGAAUUGAAAGAAAGUUGUAAGCAUAUUUUUAUCCAUCUCUAAAGUUUAAUGAAGUUAAUUGGGAGUUGAUGUUUCAAUUUUAUGCAUCUCUAGAGUAUUCUCAUGAUUAUACAUGGGUUACAAUCAUU